AUGCCCGCCAGUUCCAGUAUCUUCUGGUUGGACAGGCAGAUAGUCGACAGAUGUCUUUCUGUAGCAUCAGACGAGAGCAGUGCGCAGGAAAACCCGCGUAUACGACGGAUGAAAGAAAUCAAGGAUGAGGGCUGGGAUCUAUUUCUUCGAAUUGUGGAUGACGGUUCGGCCAACAUAGACCGGCGACCGCCAACGCUCUUAAAGCAACUGGUCGUCCAGCAAACUCCCUCGGGGACGUUUCCUUCUGCCCCGAAACACCUACAUCUGCUACCAGGGACAAAACCAGACUCGCUGACGCUUGUGACGUCAUCACCGUUGCGGACGUACCAAUUCUCACCAUCGUCCUUCUUCGAUGCUGAUCCAGAAGGCUUGCUCUCUCUCUCUGCGGCGCCAGAAUGGCGCAAUGCAGAGGAAUCACGAAUUCUUCGGUUUGUGCGAACUCCGGAUGGAAGCGGUGUUGGCGUCAUCCGAGAGACUGGUGGCGAAGCUUGGAAUCUAGGGCAAAACCACGGACUGCAGCGGGCGGCUCAGUGGGGAGCAGCUGAUCAGGUCGUAGUUCUGGACGGUGGUCGGAGCUAUGCGACAUACGAUAGCGCACGAGAAGAACUCAGGCUGAGUACUCAACCCACCAGUGCCCUUUCGCUGCCCGAAAUCAUCUCCCUGUUCUCUCUGCCGUCAGACAGCGGUUCUGAGGCCAUAUUCGGGAUCACUCGGGAUUUCUCCGUUAUCCAGGUCAAGGUCGAGGCUGCUGGUCUCGUACUGGAGGCUCAUAGCACACUGCCGGUGUCGACACCGAAGAUGAUCCUGCCCGUCGAUCCCAUGGCUUGGAACAAACUGGGCAGUUGGGCUGCGCGGGACAUCUUCUUGAGUGUGUCUGAUUCGGGUGAGCUGGCCUUCUGGACCAGGACGAGAAAUGAGUGGCGGUGCACUGGGAGUGUUAAAACCAACAAGACUGGGAUCACAAAAGCAAGAUGCAGUUCGGUCAAGAAGACAGCGCUUGUUGUCUCGACACCGGAAGGAGAUGAACUCACCAUCUGGGACUCCAAAGAGUCGGAGUUUGCAACUGGUCUGGAAUACCACUGUGUCUACAAAGAGUCCAUUAACGAUCUAGAUUGGAGCUCGACUCCCGAUGCGCAAUCGAUCUUGGCUGUGGGAUUUCUGCAUCACGUGGAACUCCUCUGCCAGCAGCGGUCGACCUAUUUCGAUCAGGCGAUCGGCUGGCUCAAGUGUUGGACGAUCGACAUUGGCUCCUUUAUUCCGUAUCAGAUCAGCGAUUCAAUCUGGCUGGCCAACGGAUCGCUGCUGGUCGGUGCUGGGCAUCAAAUGUUCUUGUUUGGCCAACGCCAAAUCGGAGAGGAAGGCCUGUUCGAGUAUGUUGCUCGUCGGAACGGGCCACUGGAAGACUACCAUCCUCAGAUGCUUCUUCAGUGUUUAAUUUGGGACAAGGUCGAACUGGUCAAAGACAUCAUUUUCAACCUUGCACAGGACCUCGAAGGGUCGACGGAUGAGAACACUCGACAGUCGAUGCCGAUCGAGCGCUUUCUUAGAAAAGAGGCUAAAAACGCUCCAAACGGUGCCCAUAAGAAAAAGUACACAUUUCUUUUCAACGGCCCGGAACCGAAGGAUGAGGAAGAAGACGGUUUCAAUCGCACUCUUGUCGACCGUUUGAUGACGGCUCUGGAGAAAAAACCUCUUCAACAUCUUACGCGGAAUGAAAAUGCGCAUCUGCUCGGACUUAUCCAAACUACGCUUGAAAUUGACGAGCAGCGGAGGGCACUGGACUCCAACGGUCUGCGAUAUCUCAUCUCGAUGCGGUCAUUCUACAUCUUGAAUGAACGCACUGCCGACUCUCUCGGAUCGCUUGCGCCCCGAAAGCGAUUGCGAUACCGCGACAUGGUUUGGGCUUUCUUCAGCGAGAGCCAAGAUCUGCUGUUGUCAGCAUCGGCUGCCGCAUGCAACAACAAGAUGUGCUGGGCUGACGCCAGAGCCCUCGGAGUCGCUUUGUGGUUGAAUUCCGUCGAAAAUCUGAGAUCGCAGAUGGAGAUUGUCGCCAGGAAUGAGUUCAUGGCUGGUGACAACAGAGAUCCGGUCGCUUGUUCGCUGUUCUACUUUGCGCUUGGAAAAGUGAAGUUGGUGCACGGUCUCUGGAGACAAUCUGCCUGGCAUAAAGAACAAGGGGCUAUGCUCAAGUUUCUGUCAAACGACUUCACAGAGCCCCGGUGGCGCACUGCGGCUUUGAAGAAUGCUUUUGCUCUGCUCGGGAAACAGCGCUUCGAAUAUGCUGCCGCAUUCUUCCUUCUCGGUGGUGCACUUCAAGAUGCGAUCAAUGUCUGCCUAAAGCAUCUGCGUGACUUCCAGCUGGCGGUGGCGCUGGCCAGGAUUGUCGAGCAGAGCAACGAGGGUCCCGUGCUGCACAAGAUCCUCGAGGAGACCGUCAUUCCCACAGCGUUCCAGGAAGGGAAUCGAUGGCUGGCCUGCUGGGGCUUCUGGCUUCUCCACCGCCGGGACCUGGCUGUGCGCAUCCUCCUCACUCCCUUGCACGACAUCGCCGAGUCUCUGGACAUUAAAGACAUCGGGCAGGCCAAUUAUGACGAUCCGAGCCUGGCUUUGUUGUUUUCGCAGUUGCGCUCGAAGACGCUCCAAGCCGCAUCUGGAACGAGCCAGAUUUCCGGACGGGUCGAAUUCAACUUUGUUCUGCAGAUGGCCCGGGUGUUUUGCCGUAUGGGCUGUCCAGCACUCGCACUGGAUCUCGUCCGGUCGUGGCAAUUCGACCGUCCGUCCAUCGAGAAGAACCGACCGAUUGCGAGACGUCCUACAUUUGCACUUGGUCCCAGCCAACGCCGCCGGUCAUCGAUUGUGAUCGACAUGGAGAUCCCGUCCUUGCCAGGGACCCGGCCCGGCUCUCCCGUGAGACCAACACUGAUGUCCUCAGUCAUCGUCGAGGAGCCGAGCAACGACAAGGAGGACCUCACUGCGAAAAAAGCGGGGCUGGGGAAGCUUAUGAAAUCCGCAAAACAGAAUGUGACUGUGCCGGAGUUCAAUAUGGAUGCGUUUUUCUGA